AAAUAAUUUGAGGACUAGAUAUGAGUUUGUGCCAGAAUGACAUAGCUACUGAUGCUCCAGAAUGGCUCACUGGAGAACACAUGACUGGUACUACCAUCAUGGCAGUAGAAUUUGCUGACGGAGUUGUUUUUGGAGCUGAUUCUAGAACUAGUACGGGAACUUAUGUAGCUAACAGAGUAACUGACAAGCUUACCCAGGUAGCAGACAAGAUAUACUGUUGUCGAUCUGGCUCAGCAGCAGACACACAAGCUAUCGCUGAUUACGUAAAGUUUUAUCUGGACCUUCAGGAGAACGAAACUAACGAGGAACCGACUGUCGAGGUAGCUUCGAGAAUAUUCCAGAUGUUGUGUUACAACAACAGAGACCAGCUCUCAGCGAGUAUUAUAUGUGCGGGCUGGGAUAAGACUAACGGUGGACAGGUCUACUGUCUUCCUCUUGGAGGUAUGUGUGUCAGAAUGCCAUUUGCUAUUGGAGGUUCUGGUAGUACUUACAUUUACGGUCAUUGUGACAAUACUUAUAAGGUCGGUAUGACGGAGGAACAAUGUCUGAAGUUUGUAGCUGACGCAGUUGCCCUGGCAAUGCACCGUGACGGCAGCAGUGGUGGUAUGAUCCGUCUGGCGGUCCUCACCAAGGACGGAUGUAAGAGACUUAACAUUCCCGGCAAUCAACUUCCUACUUUCUGGUCCAAGUAAAGAAACUACUUCCGAGUACGGGGCCGGUCAGGGCAGGACAUUUUGUUAUCUCAGACUUGUUAUAGUGUAACUUUUGGAAGGCUUAUAAAUUGCAACAGGGCUGUUAGUUUUCAGUAGUUUGGCUACUUCCGGUUAAGUGGUUUCUAAUAAUUGCCAUUGCUGACGUGUAACUAUUUUCAUCUUGCGUUAUUUUGCAAGUUUAUAAGCUACUGUCGUCGUUUUUUGACUGUUAAGCAUGUUCUGCCCGAGCCUAAAUACUUUCCAUAGAAAUAUAAAACUCGUAUCCGAGCAAGACUAUAUAGAUUUAAAUAAAUUGCACACUGGCUGUGAAACGUCUAUUUGUAGUUGUAUAUUUAUAAUACAGUUGUUUAAAA